AUGCGUUCCAACGUCUUUUUCUUGGGCAUUGGCCUGUUUGUCGCCGAUUCAGCACUUGCAGGGCCUUGCAAGCCUAGGACUUCCACGUCAGAGGAAUUAACUGCUGCUUCUACUACGAUAUCUGAGACAGCUGCCAUUGUCUUGGGAACCUCCACAGACGUUUUAUCUGAUAUCACCACGACCACAUCUGCCGAUGCCACCUCGGCCACCACUGGCGCUGUUGAAACUACUGUCACCACAUGGGAAGCCGAGACAUCUACUGCUAUUGAUAGCACCAUAGCUGCUGAUACUACUACGGUUGCUGACACGACUACUGUUGCGGAUACUACCACUGUCGCCGAUACCACCACUGUCGCAGAGACUACUACCACCGCUCCCAGUUCCCUCCCCACAUAUUCAUUUCACGUCAAUGGCGGUCCAAUCGAAGGAGCAUCUCCCCAAGGAAAUGAUGAAAUAGGAUCAACACUCACCUUCACCCCAAACCCCUUCGUCAACAUCGGUGAUCGUACAUACGUCAUUGAGCCCUCCACGGGCCGUCUCAAGGACACAGACUCAGGCACAUACAUCUGCGCCAACUACAUAGGCACCGAUACAUCCUCUACCCCUGCUGUUGUAGCUAACUGCGGGCCUGAUGACCAAACUGGCGAUGACAAAUAUUACCAUUACAUGACCUGUGGGAUUGUCAAUGGUCUGCUCUCUUGUACAGCUCCUCGAGGUAUCUGCCAGUUUGACAUGGACAUUGGGGAUAUGGUUUGCACUGCCGCACCUGGAAUUGAUGAUCAGUUCUACUAUCAAUACAGGCCUGCCGGUACUAACGUCUGGUUUAUUGGAAAUUCCGGUAUCGAUGAUGGAUACACCUCUAUCGCUCUGUCUGCCACUGAAAUAUAG